AUGCCUGGAACCAUGAAAGCUGCAGUAGUGCACGAGCCGGGUGAGCCGGAGGUGCUGAAAAUCGAAGAACUCCCAAUCCCCACGCCAGAGGACGGGCAGCUGUUGAUUCGCGUCAAAGCGUUCGGCUUGAACCGCUCUGAGCUGUUCACGCGCCAGGGCCACUCGCCAGGUGUCAAGUUUCCGCGUGUCCUUGGUAUCGAAGCUGUAGGUAUAGUCGAGGAAGCACCAGGAAAUGAGUUCACGAAGGGCGACGUUGUUGCAACGGCCAUGGGUGGCAUGGGACGGCAAUUCAAUGGCGGAUACGCAGACAACGAACUCCCGUGGGAGACGCUCGGCGCCGUACCGGAGAUGCUGCAAACGGCAUGGGGAUCGCUAUUCAAGUCACUGCAUCUCACCAAAGGCGAGCGUCUUCUCAUCCGCGGCGGUACCACAUCAGUUGGUCUAGCGGCUGCGGCGAUUGCGAAAAACCAUGGCGUGCAUGUUGCUUCUACGACUCGUAGAGCAGACCGUGCGGACAUGCUGUGGGCGAACGGCGCUGAUGAGGUCUUCAUUGAUGAUGGGAAGGUGGCUGAACAAGCCAAACGAAGCUUCGACAAGGUGCUCGAACUGGUUGGCACCAUAACGCUUGAAGACUCUCUGCAGUGCGUCAAACAGGGAGGGAUCGUUUGCAUGACAGGUAUGGUCGGUAACAGGUGGACUUUGAACGAUUUCAGCCCCAUGGAAUCUAUUCCGUCAACGGUAUCUCUGACGACCUAUAAUGGCGGCUCGCCGGAGUUCAGGGAGACGCCUUUGAAGGAAAUGAUCGAGCAGAUCGCAGCUGGCAGGCUGCAUGUGAAGGUUAGCAAGGUGUUUCGUCUUGAUGAGAUUGUAGAGGCGCAUCGGUUCAUGGAAGAAGUGGGCGGUGGAAAGGUGGUCGUGCUGCCAUAG